AUGUAACCUCAACAGAAUUAAAAUUAGUAGCAAUAAUAAUAGCAGCAAUCAUAGCAACAGCAGUAAUAAAAUUAGCAACUGCCACAGCUUCAAUAAUCUAUGUCUUCAUAGCAGUAACAAAAUUAAUAGUAAGAAAAAUAAAUUAUAAUAAAAAGAGGUACAACUUCAAAAAGAAACGACUACUGCUAGAAUUUUGUUAAUACUCAUGAGCGUCCAUAGAAUUUUAUUAUGAAUAUCCGUCCAGAAGAGCGUUUUAUAGAAUACCCAAAAUUGCAAGAUUUGAUAAAAUUUAAGGAUGAUUUAAUUAAAAAGCGUAACCAUCCUCCUGUAUAUUUAAAGGCUGAUUUAAAAUAUUAUGAUUUGUCUAAGCUUGGUAAGUUUGAUGUCAUUAUGAUGGAUCCACCUUGGAAGGAAUAUGAAGAGAGAGUACAAGGUCUUCCCAUAUAUAGCCAGUAUCCUGAGAAAUUUAAUUCAUGGGAUCUAAAUGAAAUUGCUGCAUUACCUAUUGAUGAAAUUUCAGAUAAACCUAGCUUUUUGUUUUUAUGGGUAGGCUCCGAUCAUUUAGAUUAGGGAAGAGAACUGUUUAGAAAGUGGGGAUAUAAAAGAUGUGAAGAUAUAGUUUGGGUAAAAACUAAUAAAGAUAAAACCAAAGAAUAUAUAGAAUUACCUCAUUCAAACCUUCUUGUGAGAGUUAAAGAACACUGUCUAGUAGGUUUACGUGGAGAUGUAAAAAGGGCUUCUGAUUCUCAUUUUAUUCAUGCAAAUAUAGAUACUGAUGUCAUAGUAGCUGAGGAGCCUCCUCUUGGAAGUACUUAGAAACCUGCAGAAAUAUAUGAUAUUAUAGAGAGAUUUUGCCUUGGAAGAAAGAGGUUAGAGUUAUUUGGAGAAGUUCACAAUGUCAGAUAAGGUUGGUUAACUAUUGGAAAAUUAUUGGAUGAAAGCAACUUUAAUUAAGAUGAGUAUAAUAGUUGGUUUGAUGGAGACAAAACUUAUCCCUAAAUAUAAACCUAUAGAGGUGGUAGAUAUGUAGGAACAACACCUGAUAUAGAAUAACUCAGGCCAAAAUCUCCAACCAAAAAUAAUUAAAUGAAUUCAAACUAAAAUAUGUCUGGUUCUUAGGUUUCUGAAUUUGACUUGGGAAUACAAUAGAAAUAGCAAAAAUUAAAUCAGCAGUUUUGA